AUGAUUCUAGAUACAGGGGAUUUAAAACUUAUUACUCCAUCAAAUGAGGAUAGUGGGUUAUUAGUUUUUAGUAGUGAAACAAGAAUGUUUUUAUGUAAAAAAGUAAUAGAAGAAAUAUUAAAAGAUCCAUCAAAAUUUCCAUCAAAUUUUAUGUCAAAAAAACAAAUGAAUAGAGAUAAAUUUAUGUUUACAUUAUCAGUUUUUGGUGCAUGUUUUUAUGAUGGAAUUAGAAGUGAUACUUUAAUAAAAAUUAAUCAAGCAAUAGAAAUUUAUGAUGAAUGGAUGACUUCAAUUCCACGAAAUAAAAUUAUUACAACUGAAUUUUUAAAGACUAUGAUUAAUCAAUUGACUCUUCCUUUUUCUUUUUCAAAUGAAUCAAAUAUUCCUGAACGAGUUGGUGUUUUAUUAAAAAUAUCUCAUUUAUUAAAUAAAAUUUCUUCAGGAGAAUCAAAACAUUUAUAUACUGAAACAAAACAAAUAAAUCAAGAAUUACUUAUUCAUUUACUUAAAAUUCAUUUUACUAUUCUUUAUAAAAUUAUGAAAUCUUCUUUAGUUAAUGAUUAUCAUUGUAUUUCAUUAUUGUCAGAAACAUUAUUUUGUUUAUUACUUGUUUGUGAACCUUCUCAAGAAGUAAAAGAAUUAUAUAAAUUAUUUCCAACAUUAUUUACUUAUUGGAUGUCAUUUUAUGAAUUUAGAAAGGUAUUUAUUCAAUUCAUUCUUGUUAUUCAGAAAAAUUAUUUAUUACAUUAUAAUACUUUAUCUAUUAUUCCAAUAACUCCUCCUCUUAUUUCAGAAUAUCCUUUUGGUACUCUUUUUAUUAAAGAAAAACAUUUAAGACUAUUAUGGAUUACAUUAAUUCCUUGUUUAAAUGUAUCAUCAUUAACACCAAUUAACUUAUUAGAAAUAACUAAAGCAAUUGGUGAUUUAUUAGAUGAUGCCAUAACAUCUAAUACAAGUAUUAUUAUCCUAAAUAAAAUUUAUGGAAAUCUUUUUUUUUCUUUAAUACAACAAUAUAACGACAUUUCAUAUCAAGAGGCUAUUAAUUUUUGUGUUAUUAAAACUUUAUAUUUAUAUGAAACAUAUAUUAAAGAUAUUAUUCAAUCCCCUACUUUAUUAGCUAAACUUAUGAUUUUUAUUCGUUAUUGUUUAAAGUCACAACAACUUAACAUCGUUAUUAGUACAUUAUCUUCAUUUGAUUUAUUACUAGAUGCUCAUAUACCUGAAUUUAUUUUAUUGUAUAAAGAUAUUGUAUGUUCAAUGUUACAAUUAACUUCUUUUUAUGAUUUAACAAAAGAUAAGUCUAUAUUAAAAGUUGUUAUUACAACACUAUCUUCAUUAUCAUAUUAUUUCCCAUUAUUAAGUGAAUAUGCAUUAAUACAAUCAAAUAAUAUUAAUAUUGAUGAUAUUAUUAAAACUCAAAUUAUUAUAUUAAAUGAAACAAAUAAAGUUGGUAUUUUUCCAAAAGGGUAUUAUGAAAAGUACUUAAAUUCUAUUUCAAAUUUUAUUUCUGUAUUUGCUCGAUUAAGUCCAAAUGAAAUUACAAAUUAUUUAUAUAGUUUUAAAGAAACAAUAACAAAAAUAGUUGAUUCUUUGUUUCAAAAUUUUAAUCCAAAUGAAUUUGUAAGUUUGUAUAGAAUUUUUGAUUCAAUAUUACAAAUUCUUGAUAAUACUACUGAAUCACAAAUAAUUAUUAAAGGGUUUGCAGUUAUAAUUAUUAAAAUAGUUCAAAGGUUAAUUCAUUAUUCAUCUGCACAAAUUAUUAAUUGUUUUAUUGAUAAAGUUAUAGAAUAUUCAACUUAUAAUGAGUCUAUUGGGAAUGAUUUAUUUAUUUAUGUUAAUGAGAUGAUGAAAUAUAUUGCUGAUCAUGAUAUAAUAUUAAUAAAAAACAAUCUUGAAAGAAUUAUGAACUUUUAUUAUUUUUGUAUGAGUCAUGGAAUUAAAAAUCAUUAUUAUACUCACCUUAAUGAAUUAUCUCUUCUUUUAUUUGUAUCACAAAAACAAAUUACUCUUAAUUCUCAUAAGAAUUAUCAAAAAAUUAAUGAAGUUGGUUGUAAAGAAAUUAAUUUAGAAGAUCUUUCAAAAAUUACUUUAUGGUUAGAAAAAGAUAGAAUUAUUAGUUCAUUUGUUAAUAAAAAGAAUAAAUUAAUUAUUCUUACUAGAGGAUGGAAUGGAACAGAAACUUAUUCAGUUAAAAUAAUAAAUAAACAACCUCAAAAAACUCAAUGUGUCAUUCAAAAAAAAUGUAUUAUUUUAAAUGAGAAGUAUUGUGAAGAACUUGAUGGAAUUAUUGAUUUUAAUAAAGCAAUUAAUGAAAGUCAAAAAAUUAAUAAUGAACAACAAAUCCAUUUAUUUUUUAAAACUGAAAGAAGUUAUAAAAGAAAAUGUUUGACAGAAUAUCAAGGAAAUUUAAUAAAUAAUCCAAUUAGUAUUUUAUGGAAAGGAACUAUUUUUAAUGAUAAUGAUAAAAGGGCUGUUUGUACAUUAAAAGAUUUAUGUAUUCUUCAACAACUUCAAAAUAUUAAAAGUUCUCUUAUUAGAAAUCGAAUUUAUUGUAGAGUUGUUGAAAAAGAAUUUAACCAAUAUAUUCAAAAGAAUGAAGAUUUAAGAAUUGAAGAACCAAUACUACAAGUUAUUAUGAAAAAAAGAAAAAAUAAUCAAUGGAUUGGAAAAAGAAGAAGAAAUAUUUGUGAAUUUUUAUAUUCAAUUAAUACUCAAGAAUCUACUGAAAGAAUUAAAAAUGAUGUUGUUAUUUUUGUUGAUGAUGAUAUUCCAGAACAAACUCAAACUGAAGAGUAUGUGGUAGGAAUUAAAGUAAUUGAUUGGAAUAUGAGAGAAAUAAAAAUUAAAUGUAUUGAUAAAAUUGAAUUUAUUGGUUAUAGAAAUAAACAAGAAAUUAUUGGCACUAUUGAAGGAGAAAUUAUGAGACUUAUUCAAAGAGACUAUCCAAAUAAAAUGAUUCAACAAUAUUCAGAUGAUAUUUUACAGAGAAUAAACAUUACACAAUCAAAUACUGAUCAAUGGAUAUGUAAUGAUGUUAUUGGUACUUAUCUUUCUAAAGAAGCAUUAAACAAUUUUAGAAUAUUAUGGAAUAAUAAAAAUUAUGUUAGUUUCAAAGAUUUAUCUCAAAACUCAAUAGCCAAAGAAGAAAUAAAAGUAAUGAAUAAUGAUGAUGACAAAAUAGAAAAUAAAAACACUCAAACUGACAUAAAGAUUAAAAGACAUUCUAUUAUUUUAGAAAAUACAUACUAA